AUGGCAUAUCAACUGUACAGAAAUACCACUUUGGGAAACAGUCUUCAGGAGAGCCUCGAUGAGCUUAUACAGUCUCAACAGAUUACCCCCCAACUUGCCCUUCAAGUUCUACUUCAGUUUGAUAAGGCUAUAAAUUCAGCAUGGGCACAGAGGGUCAGGAACAGAGUCAAUUUCAGGGGCUCUUUAAAUACGUACAGAUUCUGUGAUGAUGUGUGGACUUUUGUAUUGAAUGAUGUUGAAUUCGGAGAGGUGACAGAACUUAUUAAAGUGGAUAAAGUGAAAAUUGUAGCCUGUGAUGGUAAAAAUACUGGCUCCAAUACUACAUAA